AUCAGGAACUUGUGCUGGUCCUGCAAUGUCAAGGGAGGGGGCUCACCCAGGGCUCCUGUAGCUCAGGGGGCAGGCCUGAGCCCUGCGUCUGACCCACGACCGUCCAGCCCCCCGACGGGGCACCUGGUCCUGAGGGGAUCCGCCUUGAUCCCCACCGAGGCCAGGGGAUCUGACCAACUUGGAGCUCAGCUGGAUGUUACAGGCGUGCAAAAUGGAAGGGUUCCCCCUCGUCCCCCCUCAGCCGUCGGACGAGCUGGUCACUUACGAGCCAGAGCUCUACCAACGCCAAACACAUGACUUCUACUCCUUUAUCGGCAGCGAUACGGACAGCCACAAUGAUCAUUACUGGGACUUCUCCACACACCAUGUACACAGCGAGUUCGAGAGCUUCCCUGAGAGCCAUUUCACGGAGCUGCAGAGCGUGCAGCCCCCGCAGCUGCAGCAGCUCUACCGUCACAUGGAGCUGGAGCAGAUGCAUGUCCUUGAUACCCCCAUGGCGCCGCCCCACGCCAGCCUCAGCCACCAGGUUCCCUACGUGCCCCGGAUGGUCUUCCCUUACCAAUCCUUGUCCCCAGCCCACCAGCAGAGCUCUGAUGAGGAAGAGGGGGAGAGGCAGAGCCCCCCGCUGGAGGUGUCUGACGGAGAGGCUGAUGGCUUGGAGCCUGGGCCAGGUCUUCUGCACGGGGAGACAGGCAGCAAAAAGAAGAUUCGCCUGUACCAGUUCCUGCUGGACCUGCUGCGCAGCGGCGACAUGAAGGACAGCAUCUGGUGGGUGGACAAGGACAAGGGCACCUUCCAGUUCUCGUCCAAGCACAAGGAGGCACUGGCGCACCGCUGGGGCAUCCAGAAGGGCAACCGCAAGAAGAUGACCUACCAGAAGAUGGCGCGCGCGCUGCGCAACUACGGCAAGACGGGCGAGGUGAAGAAAGUCAAGAAGAAGCUCACCUACCAGUUCAGCGGCGAGGUGCUGGGCCGCGGGGGCCUGGCCGAGCGGCGCCUCCCGCCCCACUGACCUCCCGCAGGGCCCGCCAGGCUCCCGGCCCCCGCCGGCCAUAGCAUUAACCCCUCGCCGGGCAGGGACACAGGGUGGACAUUCCCAGGGCCGAGGCAGGACUCGGGGCCCGGCCUCGCCCUCCCGCGCCCGGCCUGGCCCGCCCCGUCCCGCUUCGCCUCCCACCAGGACUCUAGCCCGGCCCAAGGGCGGCCUGGGCCUCGGACACCGCCCGAGGGUCAGCCUGGCUUAGUGGCCACGGUGCUUCCUUGGGAGUCUGGCGUCAGCACAACUUUGUAUAUUGAAUGUUCCUCUUGAGGCUUUCCCCAACUCCCCUCCCCCCUUCCCCCCUCCCCAUUAGCUUCCCAAAAUCAAGUAAA